ACUUUUUUUUUAUUAUUCAUUACAAGUGUUUUUGGUUUUUUUUUUUUUUUUUUUUGUCGUAACAAAUUUGUUUGCACCGUUUUGGCAGAACUACUGUUUACUCCAGAUUUCCUAACUUUUGGAAGUCUGCCCUGAAUAAUUAUUAACUACUUCUGUCCGGAGCUGGGAUUUUGUUCCAAUCCACAGAGGAACUUUGUUAUUCCUGACAAAAUGUGUGUGAGGUAUCUGGGAUUUGUGCUUCUGGCUUGGCUUCCUGGCCUCCUGCACGCUCAAAUAACCUGUAGUCCUCCCGCGCUCACUAAUGGCUAUUUUGUCCCACAGCAAGAUGGACGAACUUUGACUUAUAGCUGUGAAACUGGAUUUAAGCCGGUGGUGGAGGGCUGGUGGGCAACAAGCACCUGCCAGAAAGGCGAAUGGACUCAUACCCCUCGGUGUGUAGACAGUAGCUCCUGCCUUCCACCUGCUAUUGAAAAUGGGAAGCCCGAAGAACCUAGGGAUUGGUAUGAAAACCAAGACGAGAUCGCGGUCGUCUGUGAAGAUGGGUUUAACACGGAACCCCGCUCCGGCAGUAUUCAAUGCUCAAAUGGAAUAUGGCUUCCCCCGCUUGUUUGUGAGAGAAGCAAUAAUACAUGUAAUGAGCCUGAUAAAAUCCCCCAUGCAGUCAUCAUUCAGGAACCCAAGGAGGUUUACGGCCCUAACUCUCUCGUAGAGUAUCAAUGUGAAAAUGGAUACACUACAGGCCAAGCAAAUGACAGAGGAACUAUUACUUGCCAAAACGGAACCUGGACUGAAGCACAACCAUGCAUUCCUGCCGCUCAACCCUGUGUGUUGGAUAUGCGAAGACUGAAUAUUGGCGAAACUUCACAGAUCAGCAUAAAUGAUGGAGAGACAAAGGAGAUUGUUUGUACACUGUGGCGGGAUUACUGGAUGUUUGCUAGGUGCUCUAAUGGAAGAAUAGAAGCAACCGACUGUUGCCACAUCACCACCAUUGAGCAAAAUCUUUGCAAAUUUUCCGAAGCGCUGAAACAUUUCCUGGCUUUGGAUUCAUCCACCGCAAGCAGAGAAUGAAGUGACAUCAGAGAUAUUUCUGACAGAAACACCUGGAAGGAAACUUUUUCUUUUUUUAGUUAAAUUCUGUUGAUUGUUGGUUGACAGUAAAUAUAAAACACUUGACUUUGUCUAAAAUAAAAUAUUUCGACAGGA